ACCUAAUUAAUUAUACUCUUACUCCAUUGCUUGCUGGUAAGACACCAUAUGAACUUCUCUUUGGUAAGUCACCCACCUAUUCUCAUCUUAAGGUAUUUGGUUGCCUUUGCUAUGCUUGCCAAUCACCAUUGCCUAGUGACAAAUUUUCCUCUUGGUCUACCAAGUGUGUUUUCCUUGGCUACCCUCACGGAUGAAGGGAACCGUCCUAUUAAUGAAAAGGCUUCGGUAGCCAGUCCUUCACCAUCAUACUAUGAUGAGGAUAUUGAGACCAUUCCAAAUACAAAUUUGGAUAGCCACUUGAAGAGAACAUCCAUGCAAAAUGCAAAAUCAAGUGAUGAUGAUACAAGUAAUGGAGGCAUACAAGCCGUUGAUCAUGCACCAAAUGUUCCAGCCACUAAUGGUACAACUUCUCCAAAUGCAAAUGAAUUGCACUCCAGCAAGGAUGCCACUAAUUCAGGCAUAGAUACCACAUUGACUUGCUCCGACAAUCGAAAGCUUGAUGAUGUGCACAAGCCUCAUUUUGAGUCAAUAUUUGAUAGAGCCCAUAAAGCAGAUGAAACUAUCCAACACAGAUCGAAUGAACAUUAUGGGGCAAAAGACAGUGAUAUCACAAAUACUACUAAUUCUCACCAAGAAACAACAAGACCCCAACGUGAGAAAAAGAAGCCAUCCUAUCUAACAGACUAUAUUUUAAAUGGAGUUCAAGUGCAAAAAUCAUCAAGAGUCCUUGGUCUAUCUGUAAAUAACCUCAAAUCCAAAAUCCUUUCUUCUCCAAAUGUCAGCUUGGAUUCUGGUAACUCAGUGUGCUAGGUAGCCUCGAUUAUUGCUGACUUAAGCAUCGGAGUGUCUACCCCGAGGACCCACCUCGGGGCUUUCCAGGUCAAUCCGGAGUGCAGACGUGGACUGAAGAAGGACAUCUGGUUUGGUGCAGUUACACUUGGUGCCGUCCCCAACAACCUUCCACCUCAUCUCCCACCUCCAAUCCCGAAUACAUUCCCUCAUGUUGACCAUGCGGAAGGAGGAGAUGAAAAUCAACCACACAAUUCGGCUCACAAUUCAGCCUCUACUGCCAACCAAGACGUAGUUACAGCUCAGCUCGCUGCCAUGCAACAACAGUUUGGUGUCUUUCAGCUAGUGCUGGCUCAACUAUUAGCUCGGAACAAUCCUGGUGAUCCACUCAUCAACCUACUCAAUCCUGCUCCACAACAAAAUCCUGAACCAGUUCAGCAUGCUCCUAUUAUUAGUGAAUCUCAGGGCCAAUCUCACAUCGCACCACGAGGUGCCCCACCUCCACACCCUGCUGCUGACUCCGUACCCCACCCUCUGAACACCAACAUUACACUGGAACCCUAUCCCACUGGCUUUAGGAUACCACAACUUGAAACUUAUGAUGGGACGAAGGACCCUGAUGAUCAUCUACAUGCUUUCUACUCUUGCAUGCAAGCAAAGAAAGCCUCUGAUGCGUUGAUGUGCAAAAUCUUUCCCUCUACCCUCCGAGGUAAUGCUCGAACCUGUUACUACAGUCUACCUCCGAGGUCAAUAAGCUCUUACACAGAAAUGGCAUCUGCUUUUGCCACAAAGUUUUUCAGUAGAAGGUUGAUCAGGAAAACCACUUUUGAGCUGAUGCGAGUUAGGCAGAGGGACAGAGAGUCUUUGAAGAAUUUUAUGAGUAGAUUCAAUGAUGGAGUACUGGAGGUUAGCUCUUUCGACCAGGCUGUGAGAAUUAAAGCUAAACUAGCCCCCUCUAAGAACCAAAACCCAGACUGGAGAGAUGAUAAUCCAAGCAGGAAGCCAAUGAGGAUAGCACAGAACCGAGGUCCAAUGUUGACCCCCGUACCAAGAUUCGGAAGGCGGAACUCCACACUCCCACAACAGUCUGAAGAUCACGGUCAUACAACAGAGCAAUGCAACAGCUUGAGGUCUAAACUGGAAAGUCUUGCCCAGAAGGGACUGUUGAAUGAGUACAUUCAGAGAGCUGAACAGCCAUGGAGUGCACCAGACAUCAUGUACUUCCAUUGUUUUGAGAGUCUUGGGUUGGAUCCAGCUUUGUUGCAGCGGUAUGAUGGUCCCAUCUACGGAUUCAACAACCAACCAGUCCUAGUUGAAGGAGUCCUCACCAUGAAUGUUGCAUUUGGAAGUGGCCGAAGUUAUGUGAACCUUUCAGUUAGAGCUGCUUCAGUUGAAGAUGUGAAAGAGGUACAGAUUGAUGACAGAGAUCCAACCAGGAAAACACAGAUAGGAACUCGGUUGAGCCUCGAUGAGAGAACAGAGCUAAUAGCCUUUCUCCGAGCUAACAAAGAUGUUUUUGCAUGGACCUCAGCAAAUAUGCCGGGAAUUCCCACUUCGCGGAUGUGCAUCGAUUACACUAACCUCAACCAAGCAUGCCCAAAAGACUGUUACCCAAUGCCAAACAUUGACAAGCUAGUGGAGGCAGCUUCUGGAAACGAGAGAUUAAGUCUCAUGGACGCAUACUCUGGCUACCACCAGAUUCCAAUGGCUCCUUACGAUGAAGAAAAAAUCUCGUUCUAUGCCGGCGAUGAAAUCUAUUGUUAUGUGAUGAUGCCCUUCGGCCUGAAGAACACAGGUACCACUUACCAGAGGAUGGUUACCAUUAUAUUCCGAGCUCAAAUAGGUAGGAAUUUGGAAGUAUAUGUUGAUGAUAUCGUGGUGAAAAGUUUAAAAGCUGGAGAUCACUUAACCGACCUUGAGGAGACAUUCAACAACCUUAGAAAGAACAGAAUAAGGCUGAAUCCAGCAAAGUGCAUCUUUGGCGUGGAGUCUGAAAAAUUUCUAGGCUUCAUGGUGUCCAGAAGGGGGAUUGAGGUUAACCCGGAGAAGAUCAAAGCAGUAGCCGAGAUGGAACUACCGAAGUCAGUGAAAGAUAUACAGAGGUUGACUGGAAGAGUGGCAGCUCUUCAUCGGUUCAUAUUGAAGUCAGCAGAUAAAUGCCUGCCAUUUUUCAAGAUUAUGAGGUCAGCCGCCCAGAAGGAUGAAUCGGGAAUUUCAGAUGAAGCCAUUAGCUCGGUCCUGGUGAGAGAGGAAGCCAAACAGCAUAAGCCUAUUUAUUACAUCAGUAGUGUGCUGCAUGGUGCAGAGCUGAGGUAUCCCAUUGCUGAGAAAACAACUUUAGUAGUUGUCACUGCGGCCAAGAAGUUGAGGCCAUAUUUCCAAUCACACCCGAUCAUUAUCCUUACAGACCAACCUCUUCGACAGAUUCUACAAAAGCCAGAGUGCUUUGGAAGAUUAAUUAAAUGGGCAGUGGAACUGGGGGAAUUUGAGAUAACAUUUCAGCAGAGAUCGGCAAUCCGAGCUCAGGCGCUGGCAGAUUUUAUUGUAGAAUGCACUCCAUGUCAUUCAAUCUCUAGUCUGGAACCCAAUGGCUGGACCUUAUAUGUUGAUGGGGCAUUUAGUAGCAAAGAUGCACCAAGCUUCAUGAAGUCGCGGGUGAUGGAGAUCAGCACAGACCUAGAUACACCGAGCUGGACUGACUCAAUCAUCUCCUUUUUACGAGACUGGAGAUCUUUCUCACUCCCUCUUCUACGGUGCUUGAAUCCCUAUGAAGUGGAAUACGCACUUAGGGAGGUGCAUGAAGGUGUCUGCGGAAGUCAUGUAGGUGCUCAAACUUUGGCUCAUAAAGUCCUUAGACAAGGUCCAUUUAUGAAGGGGGUAGGAGGUGUAACCCAUCUCAUCGUUGCUGUGGAUUAUUUCACAAAAUGGGUUGAAGCUUGGGCACUAUCUAGUUUUACCUCCAAGAAGUUCACCUUGGUUUACCAUCUAGAGUCCAAUGGCAUGGUCGAAUCUGUUAACAAAUGCAUUUUAGAAGGUAUAAAGCUGAGAUUGGAACAGCAUAAGGCCAAAUGGGCAGAUGAGCUCAACAACGUCCUCUGGGCAUAUAGAAUCACGAGCCGAACUGCCACAGGUGAAACACCCUAUCAUUUGGCCUUUGGUACCGAAGCAGUCAUUCCUAUCGAGAUAGGAGUCCCAAGCUUCAAGGUCACCCAUUUUGAUGAAGGACGAAAUGGAAAACUACUUUGGGAGAACCUUGAUCUGCUUGAUGAAGUUAGAGAAGAAGCACGACUUCGAACUCUAGUCUACAAGAAAGCUGGUCUAACGGGGUUCGAAACUCGACUCGGAAAGUUAGCACCAAACUGGGAAGGCCUCUACACUGUAGUCGAAGUGCCACACCCAGGUGCUUAUAUCCUACGGGACACUGAAGGCAAAAGGGUUCCUAGGGUCUGGAAUGUCAAUAACUUAACGAAGUUUUACCCUUAGUACUUCUUUCUAGUGAACUUUGUCCUAUUUUUACAAGCACCAUUACCCUAUCUGCUCAAUGUACGUACGGACUCAAUUCAUUUAUCUCAUUCAUGAAUUUCACUUCACAUUCGAAGUGAUUUAGUUCUUUUACCCUUCUAUGUGUUGGAAGUGGAGUUCACUUAUUUCUGAAGUUAAUUCAUUGUGACUUAUUCAGUAACUUCAUUUUUUGAGUUACGAUUUUAUUAAUCAAUUACACUUUACUUU